AUGGAGACCGGAAAUGUUUUUCCGGCAGUUGAGGGAGGUGGGAGAGUGUGGAUACAGUGUGCCUAUGAACGCAUACACAAGCUGUGUAGGCGGUGUGGAAGGGUGGGUCACACAAUGCCCAUCUGUCCUAUUGAAGAUGAUCGAGAACUCAAUCGUUUUCUCUAUGACCACUUCUGCAAUGAUGCAGAGGUACUGGGUCUUCGGGUUCAUGACGAUGACAGUUUCAAGCUGUAUACAGCGUCGAUAAGGGCCCAUCGUCAUAUGCCAAAGAGGAGGUUUACAAGGAUACCCGAAAGUUAUAUCCAAGAGAUUAAUGUGAGAUAUAUGGAAAAUCGGGUAGGAUGGGUUGCUAACAGCUUCCGGUAUGAAUUAAUAGUAGCAAAGGGUUCAUCAACUCCUCUUAUGUUGGAAUUUCAGAGAGAGGGUGGAAGUGAGGAGACGGAUCGACACCGACAUCAGCGCCCUCAACACUAUGGUCAGGGGAGCGAGAGUAAUCGCGGUGGGACGCAAGAAGAAGGCACUUCAGCCUCUCUGAGAAGGAGAAGAAGGACUGAAGGAACUGGAUCGAGGAAGAACCGUGGACAGACUAGGGGGAGAACAUUCAAGGAUACGGGCUUGGGGGGGGGGGAGGAAACAGAUCCAGAAUUUGACGGCGGCAUGGUGGAUGACCCGCUGGUCCGACUCCCAUCGGAUUUCCCGGUGGAACUAGAUGAGGAGGAUUUUCAAUGGAAUCCAAGGCCAGUGAGAUUUUAUGAAGAAGACGGGCAAUUGAAGGAAGAGGAGGUAGUAAAGAUCAACGGUCAAACUCAAGCCUUUCGAGAACCAUCGGUUUCGUGGGAGAAAUUUUUCACAACAGAAAAUCAACGGACGUUAUCGGAAUGGUGGGAGCAGGAUUUUUUCAUAUCGGCCGGUAGGUGGGAGGAAGUGGGUGAGGAGUUUAAUGAGGAAUUAAAUGGUGAUAAUCAUGGCGGUAGGGAGGGUGGCUCAAGGGGUAAUAGGGGUCUAGGAGAGAUUUUUGGUCUUGGUUUUCAUAUUCAAGAGCCAUUACAUAACUGUGGCUUACAAGGAUGUGACAUAGCGGAGCAGUUUACUGCAUUAGGUGCAAGGGGUUUUAAUGAGGAAAGGAAGUAA